UUGAGUAUCGGGUAGUGUGGCCGGUGAUGAGUGAUGGUAAACAUGUCAGACGCGGGAGGGCCCACCUAUGCCAGCCUAACACAGGCCAACCCUACUAUCAUUAAUGGGUUGGCUGGGGUGGACCUUCAGACGGGUCACCAGGCGAUGAUGAACCACACGGACCACACGAUGAUGAACAUGAUGAACACGGUGGGGGUCCAAGGCACGGCGGUCCAGACAAUGCCAACACAAAAUUUAGCAACAGUAAUGCCAGCUCCCAGCCACCAACAGGCCGCUCCCGAUGUUAAACCAGACACCAUGGGGGAUGCUACCGUAUCUGUGGAUAGGAAUACACUUAUGGCAGUGCUGCAAUUCCUGAAAAAAAAUAAUAUGAAGAGAUCUGAAGACCUCCUGAGGCAAGAGGCUAAUUUUUAUGAGAGCGUAGAAGAUUCAAAGCAAGGUAUUGGUGGUGAUGCUGAGGUGUCAAGUGUUCUGUCUGCCUAUAAGAGUGAGGGAGACCCAGCAGAGUAUGAGGAUGCCUACAAGGGUCUUCAAGCCUUUAUUGAGAAGAGUUUGGAUGCUUAUAAGCAUGAAGUAUCCCAGGUACUAUACCCAGUCUUCGUACACAUGUAUUUAGAACUGGUUUUUAAUGGUCAUGAGGAGGUGGCCAAAUCAUUCCUACAGAAAAUGGGUAAUGUGCAAGAACACUGCUAUCGUGAGGACAUUCACAAACUCUCUCUGGUAACUACACGGGACCAUAUGACAGGAUACCAGAUUAUGGAUAACUUCCGGUCGAACCAAUUCACAGUGAGGAUGUCCCGUGAUACUUAUUCCCAUUUAAAGCGAUACUUGACAGAAUUUGGCGGAGGACCAGUGCCUCGCAUUAUUCACGACAGAUUGUACCUGGACGUGUACGAAGGUGUUCCUCGAACCCGAACACAGGUGUUGGCAACUGCUGGAGCACAAGAGGGAGAGGCACCAAAGCAAGUUAAUAAAACCAAGAUAUUUUAUGGUCUGCUCAAGGAACCAGAACUGCCUAACCUCCCAAUGGAAGAGGAAGAAGGAGAGGAAGAAGGGGAUAAACCAAAGAAGAAGAAGCCAAAAAAAGAUGCACUUCAAAAGAGCAAGAAGAAUGACCCAAAUGCUCCACCCAGCAACAGAAUACCAUUGCCAGAACUGCGUGAGAUUGACUACUUGGAAAAGGCCAAAGCUUUCAGGGAUGCACUGAAGAGAGUGGUGCUAAGUAAGGACACACUUCCAUCAAUAUGUUUUUACACCUUUUUGAAUGCUUCAGGGAACAUCACAUCAGUGGAUAUAUCUGAUGACUCCAGCAUGUUAGCUUACUGUACAUCAGACUCACAAGUUCGGGUGCAGAGCAUCACGCCCAGUAAACUACGAUGUAUGAAGUCUGCUGAGCAGCUGAAUGACAUUGACAAAGAUGCUGAUGAUGUUCUUGUACGAAUGAUGGACGAUAGAACAGCGGAACCAGUUCGUACUCUCCUUGGGCAUUCAGGACCAGUGUAUGCCUGCUGCUUCAGCCCUGACCGUAACCUGCUGCUCACAGGUGGAGAGGAUGGCACAAUUCGUUUAUGGAGUAUGCAGACAUGGACGUGUCUGGUUGUCUAUAAAGGUCAUGUGUUUGCUGUAUGGGAUGUUAGUUUCUCCCCUUAUGGCUACUACUUUGUCUCGGGCGGCCAUGAUCGAACUGGUAGAUUAUGGGCAACAGACCAUCAUCAGCCUCUUCGAAUAUUUGCUGGACAUUUCUCUGAUGUUGAUGUUGUACAAUUCCACCCUAAUAGCAAUUAUGUAGCAUCAGGGUCCAGUGAUCGCAGCAUCAGACUUUGGGAUUGCCAAAGUGGAAAUUGUGUGAGAGUUCUCACAGGUCAUAAGGAUGUUAUUGAUACUUUGGCAUUUUCUCCAUGUGGGCGUUUCCUGGCAUCUGCUGGUGGGGAUAAGCGUAUUUUGGUAUGGGAUAUGUCUCAUGGCCACCUUAUUGCAGAAAUGGCAUCACACACAUCAACAAUUUAUACUAUUGCCUUUUCAAGAGACUGUAAUAUUCUUGCAUCGGGUGGAAUGGACAACUGUGUUAAACUGUGGGAUUUCAGUCGUGUUCUUGAAGAUAAUCAUGAAGAUGAUAUAAAUGUGUCCAACAACCCAGACAUCAAACGCUGUAAUGAGUCUCUGCUGCUUGGCACUUUUCCGACAAAAAAUACCCCAGUGCUUGCAACACACUUUACAAGAAGAAAUGUGCUACUGGCUGCUGGACCGUUCGAAGGCUAAAACAUUAAAAGUAAUGAUAGGUAUAUACUGCUAUAUAUUUUACAUAUUUUUUUACUUGUGAUCAAGAAAAGCUUCAGACCAUAAUAAGUACAACAAUCUCUCUCAGUAUAGAUGUGUGAUGUUCUUUUUGGUUCAUAUUUAUUAAUUUACAUUUAUACUUCAAAUACUGUCUUCUCAUGUUCAGAACUUGUGGAUUUACUUCAUUUGAAGACUUCAGAUUCCAAGGCAAGAAACAAGUAAUUCUGUAAAAAGUUAUGUUUUUUGUGAUUAAUGUUUACAGCCAUAAUUAACACUUCCAAUUAUUCAGUGUAUUUUUCUUAGGGGAGCUGUUCUUAAAUUUGAAUAUUCUGUUCCAAAAUUUCUAAAUUGUAAUACUGUAUUCAAUAUGGAAAUUAACACUUACAGACAUUUUAUAAUUACAGUCAUUGCAUAUGGUAAUUGUUAUGCUCUGUAUUAUACAAUAGACUUUCAAUAUUCGCAGGGGUUAGAGUCUCGAAAAAAUUUCACGAAUGUGGAAACUUCAGGGGUUAUGUUCCUGCUAUAAUUUAACAUGAGGGGGAAAUGGUAAAUGUUUAAGAACAAUUAUUUAAAUAAACACUGCUUGUAAAUAAUAAUAGAGAAAGUAA